AUGCAGCGAUAUGAUUUGCCAAUAGAAUUUGGAGCGAGACAUGAUCGACAUGGCCUUCUUUUAUUAGCUGGUCGAUAUGAAGAAGCUCAUUGUUUUAUAUUUUCUUAUAGUCGAUGUCUUCGCCAUGGUUUAAUACCAAAUUUAUUAGCUGAUGAUAAAAUAGCUCGUUAUAAUUCAUGUUGUUCUAUUUGGUGGGGGUUAUGUACAACAUCAAAUUAUAUCAAUACUGUACCUGACGGUGAUGAAAUAUUUUCAGAUAUAGUUUCACGUGUACAUCCAACACAUAAUAGUUCAACUACUAGACAAGUCCGUGUUAACGAAGAGCGUUGUCCGUGA